AUGGUCAGGCUCGAAGAACUCGAAGACGAGCACUUCGUCAACAAACCCGAAGGCACUGUCGAUGGCGCUCUCCUAGCUGACGAUGACGAAGACUAUACCGACACCGAUUCUGAGAUCUCCGACGACGACGCCGAAUCCCCGCAACUGGACGAAUCGCUCCUGGACCGCCUCUCUGCCUUGCGCGACAUUAUCCCCCCAAAGGCCAGGGCGCGCAUCUCCUCGGCGUCAUCGUCCCUGUACUCCGCCACGAGCACGACGGUCAACUACGGCGGCAAAAGCCUGUGGGUCCUCGCGACGAGUAUUUUGCUGCUGGGCAUCCCUUAUGCGCUGGCACUAGGCGAGGAACAGCAGUACAUGGAGGAGGAGCGGCAGCGGGGAAUGAUGGAGCAGGGGGCGCAGGGAAUGAUGCAGCCUGGCCAGGGGGAGGCGAAGUCGGCGUUGUGA